GGACAGAUGGCCACAGCACAUUCUCCAUAGCUGUGGCUUUUGACUGACCUUAGUGGGCACUUAACUAACAUGGCUUUACACGGCGCAACAUUAGCCCUGGGUGUUCUCACCCUGGCAUACACUUGGUUCGCUGGACUCAACGCACAGACCUAUCCGGGAGCCUGCCGGCUUGUCUGUGACCCAUACCAGCCCGGGGGAGUCUCUCACAGCCUGGGUGCCAAUGGGAUCGUCAUCCCCCUCUCCUCUGGAGGUGCUGGUGCUGGGGGCCCCGCUGGCCCCGCCGGGCCCCCAGGAAAGGCAGGCCCCCGGGGGCUUCCUGGGCUACCCGGCCACCCCGGCUCCGGAAGGCAAACCGGAGGUGGAGCGGUGGCCUUUUACGCGGCGCUGACGCAGGAGUUUAGCAGAGACGCUGUGCUGAGGUUCACCGACGUCGUGACGAACGUUGGCGAUGCCUACGACACGUUGACGGGGAAGUUCACCAGCCCCAGGGCUGGCGUCUACCACUUCAGUUUCAACAUUCUCAAGGCAGGCCAGCGCAUUCGGGUGGAGCUGGUGUCAGGUGACAAGGUGGUGGCGACAGCGGUCGCAGUGGACAUGCUUGGCACUGACUCUGCUCAUGGGAGUGCCAUCCUGCAGCUGGCCAAAGGGGAUCAGGUGUUCCUGCGCCUCUCCGGAAGCGACAAGACCAUGGUGGACUCCAGCAACCGAUUCAGUACCUUCAUGGGCCACCUGCUCCACGCACUGUGAUGGCCUCCACACUUCCCACCUGCACUGAUAGCGGAAACAGCCCUCCGCCAGGUUAACAACAACUAGACACUCAAUUUGAUCUGACUUUUUAUACAUGGUACAAAUCAGUGGAAACAAGCAUGAAGCCUUAUGCAUGGUAAGAUGUGCAGGAAUAGGAAUACAAUGUUGAUGUAAAUGUUGAAUGACAGUAGGGCAAAAUAUCCUGCAGGCGUAUUUUUGCGUUACCUGUAUUAAGACAAAGACUAAAUUUAUUAUGUAUACAAUUUUAGCAAAAGCAUUCAUUUAAUUUUGAUUGAUUUUUCAGAUUACUGCUAAGGCAAGUUCAAAGAAAAUAUGCAUCAUCAAUGUAAAGAUAAUGUUCAGUUGCAGACAUAGAUACAGAGGUAAUGCAUCAAUGUCUUAUACUGAUAGCUUGCACAGAGCACAAAUUCACAUGUGGCCUUGAUAUUUACCAGAAAGAUCAUCUGUCAUUAAUGAGUAUUCAGGAUGAACUACUUAAGCACAUGCAUGCACACACACACACACACACACACACAUACACACACACAUGUGCACACACACAAACGCA